AUGAAUUGGAAAUAUAUUAUCCUAUACUGUAUUACUAUCCAAGUAUGCAUUGUAUUACGCAGUUCAGAUGGCAAUUGUCAGAGUGCGAAUGAGAUGUGUUCACGAUUUUAUAAGGAUAAAAAACCAUGUUGUUGGCCAUUAAAAUGUCAGUUAAAGGAUGAAUGGACAGGAAUCUGUGUAAGAUGUAUUCAGGCUGAUCAAUUAUGUGUUGAUAAUCAUGAAUGCUGUUCAAAACGAUGCGUAAAUUAUUUAUGUGCUAGUGGCGAGUGA